AGGGGCUGGAAAGAGUUUUGGCGAGCUUGCUCUUAUAUCAAAGGACUGCAUACGAAAUGCCUCGAUUAUUGCAACAGGAGAGACUGUAGACCUUCUCGUUGUACAUCGGACUUUAUAUAACAGGUGUCUCAAACAGGCGCAAUUACAAGAAUUUCAAGAAAAGACAGAGUUCGUCAACAAGUCACCUUUAUUCAGUAACUGGCAACCGAAGCAUCGAAAACACAUGGCGAUGAGUCUUGAGAAACAGAACUAUGAGUACGAAGCGCAUAUAAAUAAACAGGGGGACUCAGUCGUAGGCAUCCAUUUCAUAAACAAAGGUCAGGCAAGAUUGUACACAGACGCGUCUCUGCACCCUGCGCAGUUUCCGAAUCUCAAUCCCUUCGAGGACAAUAAUACAAGGAACAUCCAGAAACACAUUUCAAGAAAAAACAACUCAACAGGUGUUGACACAUCUAAAGAGUCAGUGGAUGAUGAGAAGCAGGUUGGGUGUGGCGUCACCGUCAUACAAAGACGCAGGGAGGGCUACGUGGCUGCAGAACAACGAGUUCAUAACAGACAGACAGAACUAUGUUAUAUAGGGCCACAAGAAGCAAUAGAUGAUACCGAGGUUGCCAUGGACCUAACGACAUAUGCACAUUCUGCAUGCUGUACCCAAGACACUGAAGUUUUCUUCCUAAACUUGAAAAACUAUGAACGUUUAGUUGUUAAACGAAACAACCGAACUGUACAACUGUUAAAAGAUAGCAUAGAAACAAAGUUAAAAUGUCGGUUAUCCAGACUAGCUGAUUUCCAGAUCCCACUUUUAAGGUAUUUGUACUUCAAAUUGAAAUCACGUGAUAUGCUGAUGACAUUAAAGAACGAGGUAGAGGAUAAUCACAUGACUAAGUUUGAUCCACCGAGGGGACCAAUGGUAGACCAGUUUGGACCAGGGUCGGUGUUUCAUCGAAUACGCAUGCGUGACAAACGCAGACGAUACAGGGAUGCAAUAAACAAAGGACUUGCCCCUAAGUUUGCUGGUGUGAAUUUGGCUAAGAAGCAAAUUAUGGACAGCCACCAGGAUGGCUUAAAUCAUCAUCUAGAACCCAAUACCAAUUCAAAUCUAAAUGGUUCCAAGCAAGAUGUAACAAAAUUAGAAUCAGGAGCCUAUUUGUCUAAAUCGACACCUGAAAGAAUGACAGAGUAUGACUUGAGACGAAUAUUUGAUGACGAGCAAGCCAAAGUUGUUAAUGCUCAUCAAUCUGAUACAGCAUUGGUGUCGCUGGAAGAACGAAUCAAACGGUGGCUUUUGCAUGCUGAUGGAAAGGAACCAAAAACAGUUCCAAAACUUAAACGGUUCCAUCUACAAGAGACCAGUCCAAAAUUGAGGCCAGGUGCAAGGGUUUUGUUUGACAAAUCAGGGACUCAGCAAGCCACAAUUUAUGCAACACUGUCAGACGAUGAUGAAGCAUAUCAACCAAAACAACCCAAAGAUCUGAAAAGAAUAGCACUUGCAAACAAAUAUAAAUCACUCUCAGAUGGGCAUCUAAGUAGUGAUUCUGAUUCAGACUUAGAUGAGUGUCAGUCCGAUAUCAUCAGGAAACCAAGACGAAGAACCGAACGAGCAAGUAAAACAAAAGAAACUUAUCACCUGAGGUUCUCUGAAGCCUUGACAUUGGCACUUACGAAACGGCUGCGACCAAAUCACCAGUACACCACAGAAGAAUACAACUCACUCCGGGACAAACUUCGAUUAAAAGAAAAGACCGCCACACCACGAUCAAUGGGAAUAUUACAUUAAAGUAGACAACUGUCCACAUACUUGGACUUCAACUCAUUCCACGACUCAUUUUUCUCGUUAUACGUCUAUAAUCUAGCCAACGAGAUACAGUUCCUAAUGUGAUAGCUCCAACAGAGCAAAACCUUC